AUGAGGGAUCGGCCCGUCAUCAGCAUUGAAAAUACACCAUAUACUGCGGCGAUGCUGAUGAGAACAAAAUUCGCCUUUCUACGACUGCGGGAUCGCAGAGGACGUAAACUCUGGAUCGUAAGUGCUCACGCACCUACGGAAACCGCGGAGGACAACAGUAAGGACGCCUUCUAUGAUGAAAUCAAUGCGUUGAUGUCUAAAAUACCAAGCCAACAGGUGGUCAUUGUCGGAAUCGACGCAAAUGCGAAGAUGGGACUCGAACAGCACUCCGAUGUGCUAGGAAAAUGGUAUUAUGCAGCGGAGUGCACGUCGGACAACGGUGACCGUCUGGUCGACUUGUGCGAACAGACGGGCCUCAUCAUCGCUUCCACGUUUAAGAGGAAUCAUCGACCCCAUCAGCUCACGUGGCAGGGGUCAACCCUUUUAACACCUGAAGAGCAGCACAUGCGGAAGAUGAGGAUUCCUAAGCUUCAGCUCGACUACGUCCUAGCGAAGAACAUUCCUCAGUCAGACAUCCGAAAAUCUAGAGCUGUUUGGGACGUCGCGUUCGAGUCUGACCACCGUCCAGUUCUUCUCAGUUUCAAGAUACGGUUCCACAAGAGAAACCGAGGAGUUCCUCUUCAACCGAAAAUCGACAUGGCAGGUCUGAAAGACGAUGAAUGCAGAAGAAAAUCCCGCCAAUGUGUGUCUAUUCAUGUUGGAGUACGGACCAGGAAGAAGCUUAGCGAUGCGGAUUCCUUCAUAAAGUGCAUCCAGGACGCUGCAAGGGAAACGCUCCCGGUUCUAUUGCCGCGGAAGAAGUUUGCCUUUGCAUCUGCGGAAACAAAAUCCACAUACAAUUCUGUAUGUGUCGCUCGCAGCGCUGGUGACUUCAACCAGGAAAAGCGUCUUAGAAGGAAGCUGCGUCGUCAACUGCAACAAGACCGCGAUAACGAGUGGACGUCAAGAGCGAUAGAGUUUGAGAAGGCGUGGGAGGGCAGGAACCCGCGGAAAGCCUACGCUCUACUAAAACAGUAUAGCGGCAAAAUGAAAAGAUGUUCCCAUGUCCUCAACACUGCUAAUGGGGUGGCUGUCGGUGAAGCAACCGUUCCAAUUUGGAAGGAACACUUCAAGACCUUGCUGAACCGGCUAGCACCGCCAGCUCCUGAACUGGAACACUUUCAUAGACCGACAUAUGCGGUUAACGAGGAGCCACCGACCGAGUCGGAAUUCGUGGUCUGUAUUCAAAAAAUGAAAAAUAGAAAAUCUGGUGGAGACGACGGGAUUAGCGCAGAAAUGCUAAAAUAUCUUCCUCCGUCUGGGAUUCGUGAUAUGACAAAGAUCAUCCGUUCAAUAUGA